AUGAUACAAAGUGCGUUUAAAAGCCUUGAAAGUAUUUGCUCAUUGAGUGUGGAGUAUGAUUCCAUUAUGAAAACUUUGGAUAUCCAAAUGGACAAGACUUUAACUGUUUUACAAAGAUGUGAAUAUAUAGAAACGCAAUUCAUUCGACCUUCCACGGCUCAACACCAUUGA